GGGCGGGGGGAAAGAAGGGGAUCUUUUGAUCCUUGACAAUGGGGAAGCUGCUGUGCGAUUCGACGGCGGUGGCGGAGACAUUCCCGUCCCCGGCGUCGACGGCCAUCGUGCCCUGGAGGGCGGUCGACGCGGAAUCCCUCGAUCCCGCCCCGGCCGCCGCCGCCUCCGCCGACGCCGAUCUCCCCGGCGGCCACCAGAUCGCGGCCUCCUGGGACGACGUGGCGGGCCUCGAGGACCAGCAGCGGCGCCGCCUCCAGCGCCUCCGCUCCAGGGGCGUCCUGUGGCGGCACCCGCAGGACAAGGAGUCGCCGCCGGUCGUCUUCUAUUUAUCCCACGGCGGGGAGGUGUCGGCCGACGGGAACUGCCUCUUCACGGCGUCGCUGAGGGCGGACGGCGGGGGCGCGGCGGCGCGUGGGGGCGACGCGCGGGGCCUGAGGCGGCGCGUGGUGGGGCGGUUCUCGGAGGGCCUCGGAUCGGCGCCCGGGGAGGAGAAGGAGGCGGUGGAGGGCGCGAUCCGGCACAUGUACUCGCCGGAUCUGAAGAGCGGAUGGGGGGUUCAUGUGGUUCAGGAGGUGAAGCUAUUGGCAAAGAAAGAGGACAGGGUUGCUCUUGAUUCGGCCAUUGAAGAACUGGCUCAGCUUGGGAUGCAGAGAGAAAUGGCGGCGGAAUCUAUUUACAAAGAGAGAUGCAUUCCCGUGAAUGAUGGCUCAAGUUGGGCCAAAUACAUGUCAAUCUCCGGUUCAUCUGACGAUGAAUAUGAUAUCAUCACUUUGCAGUACACUGAGGAGGGUUUAUUAUCUGUAGAUGAGAAUAGAGAAGGUCAUGCUGCAGCGUUUGGUGAUGACAUAGCAAUUGAAUGCCUUGCAACUGAGUUCAACCGAGAGAUUUUUGUGGUGCAAGCCCACGGAUCUGACGCAAUGGUCGAUGAAGACAACUGUGUUUUCUUCCUCCCUCAUCGUCCAAGAAGUCAAAUACGUGGUCCUCCUUUAUUCCUUUUCAUGAAAGGAACAGGGUGGUGUGGUGCCGGAGCUGAUCACUACGAACCCCUCAUUGCUCAUCCUGCUUCCCUUGUAUCUCUAGAGAAAGUUGCUGAAGUACUUUGAAGCCACCCUCCAUGCAGUUUUGUGCCCUAGAGUUAGAAAUAGAAAAUAGUUCAUUCUUUUCCUCCAUAGUGUAUGGCCGGCAAUCUGGUUCUCCAGAUUCUUCCUUAGAUGUCGAGGACUCUUUUUUUUAGUCAUAGCCAUCCAUUUUCUUUGUCAAUUUCAUCGAGAAUUAGUUGUCUUGCAGGUUUUGUGCCUGCAGUCAGAGUAAUCUGUAGUAAUCUUGAUGUUUUUCCCAGCUGUUCUUCUUGUGGUUGAGUUCAUUGUGGGGGCGCUGAUACUGUCCUGGCACUAUUCAAUUCAAGCGAGGAUAGUGCCUUUUUUUUUGUAUCUUAUACUGGAUUUAGUUCAUCAAUGAUGAAAUUGAGUUUGGUUUGCGC